AUGACUAUCGUUCAAACAGCCUCCCCUCACUUGAGGGUGUCGGCUGCCAAGUCAUCUUCCUCGGAAUCCAAAGAAUCCCCUUCCACUCGGAUCUCGCCCCCCGAAACCUCCGCCGUUGAUGACCACUUCUUCUGGACCUACACCGAAGAGCCGCACCGGUCUCGACGACAAGCAAUUAUCAAGGCUCACCCCGAGGUCACCAAGCUUUGCGGUCCUGAACCUCUCACCAAAUAUGUUGUUUUUGGCGUCGUAGCCACUCAAAUCACCUGUGCAUACCUCCUGCGCAACACCUCCAUCCUCGACUGGCGGUUCCUGGCCACAGCAUACUUCAUCGGAGCCACCGCCAACCAAAACCUCUUCCUGGCAAUCCACGAGAUCUCCCACAAUCUAGCCUUCCGCUCGCCGCUAGCAAAUCGGUUGCUAGCAAUCUUCGCAAACCUCCCCAUCGGUUUGCCCUACAGUGCUGCGUUCAGGCCCUACCACCUCACCCACCACAAAUCCCUCGGCGUGACAGGUCUAGACACCGACCUCCCCACCGCAGUGGAGGCCUUCUUCCUAGACUCCCUACUGGGCAAGACAUUCUUCUGCACUUUCCAAAUCCUCUUCUACGCCGUCCGACCCAUGUUCAUCUACAGCCCGCCAUUCACCUCAAUCCACCUCCUUAACCUCGCCGUCCAGCUUAGCUUCGACUACUUCCUAACCCAAUUCGCCGGCUCCCUCCAACCAUUCUACUACUUCAUCGCAAGCUCCUUCCUCGCCGGGUCCCUCCACCCUUGCGCGGGCCACUUCAUCGCCGAACACUACUUCUUCUCGAACGUCAAGACCGGCGGCACAGAGUCCCUGCUCGAACUCAAGUUCAAGCCGGCGGCCAAAACAGAAGGCCCCUCCGUUCUAGACGGUCUCGCUCCACCAGAGACGUACUCUUACUACGGCCCGCUGAAUUUCUUCACCUACAACGUCGGUCUGCAUAAUGAGCAUCAUGAUUUCCCUGCUAUUCCCUGGACCCGAUUGCACAAGUUGCAUGAUAUUGCAAAGGAGUUCUACGAGCCGCUUCCUUGCCACCGGAGCUGGGUUUGGGUGAUUUGGACGUUCAUUCUGGAUAGUGAUGUUGGACCUUGGUGUCGGGUUAAGCGUGCGCAGGGCGGACGUGUUGUCGGCGGUGGUGGUGGGAAUACUGGUAAGAAUGCGCCUACUGGGCGUGGAGGGGAGGGUAUCUCUGCUGCGUCGGCGGGUCCGGCCGGCGAGGAAGGUGAUGGGUGGAAAGAGAGUGAGAUUCAGUGUUAG